AAAGAAGAAGAAGGCAACUUGAUCCUAAAUCCAACUCUAAUCUUUCCUGUUGAAAUUCUUCAGCUAUCAACACAUACCAACCUAAGCACACUAAUAUGCUCCGACUGCGUGGCCCAGUUGCGGGCAGCGAGGGACUUCAAGGCGUUGGUGUUACGGACGGAGGAGCAACUCAUGGAGGAGCUACAGAAAUGCGACAACGAGCAGAUGGUUCUAGUCAAUGUGCCCAUACCAAAGGAAACGUUAGGGACAACGGUAGGCUUCAAAAUUGAAGUCAACGACUUUGGAAACUUCACUGAGACCAAGCAGGAUGCUGAGAGUGACGAAUGUACGCAAGAGGUGACAAUUACACUAAACGAUGAUAGCAACUCUGAUACGCAGAUCAGCUGGAAUGAUUCUGAUUCAAGUGAUAUACUAAAUCAAGAUACAGUAAAGCAGGAGUUCAGUAGUACAGUAUCUGUAAAAGAAGAAAUAACGAGCAAUGGGGAAUGUUCGGAAGAAGAGUCCAGCAAAUAUAAUAUGUGUGAAGUAUCUGGGAUCCGUUUUGUCACACAGAUCGCUUAAACCUUGAAGGUAAGUUUUGAGUUGGUCAACUUUAGUCCAAUAAUUAGUUAAGUUGUAGUACAUAAGCAGUGUCCACUCAUCGUGAAUCAUUUGCAGUUUGCCGACAGUGUCAUAAUAUAUCGGCCGGUCGGGUUCAAGUGUUGUAAUACGAGCGCUUGACGCCGCUUCGCCAUAUGAUCCAGUCAAAACAAUAAACAUUGUUAAUAGUGCAGUAGUUAAGGCUGAUAACCCUUUUGUCUUGCUAUUUUUAGUUUUCGUUGAUUGUUUAGAUGUGAUUUCGUCUUGCUGAGGCUCUUCAGAUGUGCAUAGUGGUAGUUUGGAGUUGAUUUCAGUUUCCAACGGGAGCGGUGACAGUUUAACGAUGGGGCGCUUUAUAACGCCAGUUUGAGUUUUCAAAGUAGUCACUCGUA